AUGAAUCUGUGGCUCCUGGUCUGCCUGGUGGCCUGCUUCGUGGGUGCCUGGGCUCCCGCUGUCCAUGCUCAAGGUGCCUUUGAGGACUGUUGCCUGGCCUAUCACCGCUCAGCAAAGAGGUCCUUUCUCCGGUUCGCCCAUAGUUACCACAUCCAGGACGUGAGCGGGAGCUGCAACCUGCCUGCAGUGAUAUUCUUCUUCCCCAAGAAAAACAAGAUGGUGUGUGGGAGGCCAGGGGCCAAGUGGGUGAAGAUGGGGAUGAAGAUUCUGGAUAAUCGGAACAAGACCCAGUCAAAGCACGAGCAUGGCACCCGGAAAAAAUUCCAAGUCCCUCACUCUGGGGUGAGGAAUUUGAACUCUGGAACCUCCAUGCUCCCACUGUCGAAGUUUAGCACUCCCAUCAGAAGCAGCAAGAGGAAAACCUUCCUCCUGACAACACCUAAUCCAGGUCAGGACUCUUGA